GAGAGUGGGGUGAGCAGGGGCGGAGGCUGGCCUGCCGAGCCCCGGGGAGGGCGCCGUCAGGGAAAGGCCCCUCUCAUCUCUGGGGAAUGGAACUUCCGCUUUGGACGGAGAGCAGGAGGCUCCCAGCACCCGGUCCCACUCUGCCCAGCCCAGCGGCCUCAGAGGACACCAGGCUCCAGGGAGCAGCUGAGACAGGGCCGUGAUGAAGACCCCUCAGGGCAGCGUUUCGGUGCUGCUGCUGCUGCUGCUUCUGAAUCUGCUCCGUGUCUCCCGGGCCCAGAGCAGCUGCAUCGGGCCGUCCAUCCCUGGCAUCCCAGGCAUUCCCGGGAAACCAGGCCCUGACGGCAAGCCUGGGACUCCAGGGACAAAGGGAGAGCAAGGGCUUCCAGGGCUAGUUAGACACCUCAACGAGAAUGGCGAGAAGGGGGACCCAGGGUUUCCUGGGAUGCCAGGAAAAGUCGGCCCCAAGGGCCCCGUUGGGCCCAAGGGUGUCCCAGGGCCUCCUGGAGCCCGCGGCCCCAAGGGUGAAUCAGGAGACUACAGGGCCACGCAGAAAAUUGCCUUCUCGGCCUCACGCACCAUCAACCACCACCUGAAAUCAGGCCAGCCCAUCCGCUUCGACCAUGUGAUCACCAAUGCCAAUGAAAACUACCAGGCUCGGACCAGCAAGUUCACAUGCAAGGUGCCCGGGCUCUACUUCUUCACCUACCACGCCAGCUCCCGAGGGCAGCUGUGCGUGGACAUCAUGCGAGGCCGGGAGGCGCCCCAGAAGGUGGUCACUUUCUGCGACUACGUCCAGAACACCUUCCAGGUCACCACGGGCAGCAUUGUGCUCAAGCUGGAGAAGGAAGAGACCGUCUUCCUGCAGGCCACCGACAAGAACGCCCUGGUGGGCAUCGACGGCGCCAACAGCAUCUUCUCCGGCUUCCUGCUCUUCCCUGACGCAGAGGCAUGACCUGUGGGGUUGAUUCACCCCCACCCCCACCAGCCAAGCUCUCUUUCUCCCCAACACCCACCCCCAUAUCCCAGCCAAAGUGCACAGUAGGGCUCCAUGGGCGUUGCUGAAUGAAUGAGUUAAUAAAGUUUCCAAGGCCAAAGGAUAGUGGUCUAAUUCAACUCUGUGUCCCUGCAAGUAGCACACAGUAGGUGCUUAGAAAUGUUGCUUGAAUGCUGGUUGAAUGACCAAACAAUAAACGACCUCUGAAAUGACUCUGAAUGAUUGAAUAAUAAAUAACCUCUGAAAGCA